GCCUGGAAACUUGUCCAGCUGCAUCAAGGGAGAUGAAGGAUCUGAUCUGGGCAGCCGUCUGAGUUUUCGUUCCAUUGUGUGUUGCGCUAAGUUUUUUUUAUUGGGAGAUGCUCUGUGCUGAAUUUCACAGGGGUUGGCUUGCCAGCAGGAAACAACUUGCCGGUGAUGACUGUCUCCCAGGAGAACUGAGGUUUAGAAAUUCAUGGAAGAAUCCAGGACAGCAGCCACCCCCUCAUCCAUCUUCUGUGCUGUCCUGAUUAGCUUGGAGUAGUUAGACACCUCUUCUGGGUAGCACUACUCCUGAUUCCUUGGACAGGAACCUGUGUGCCAAGAAGCCCAACAGAGUCAGUGGAAAGCAAGGCUGACAGUUGGUUUUCAUGAGACUGUCAUGUAUAGGAGGUGCCUUCUCAAUCGUCCGGAGAUGCGUGAAGGUGCUGGCGGGACAGGAGUACGCAGCCAAGAUCAUAAACACCAAGAAGCUCACUGCCAGAGAUCACCAGAAGCUGGAGCGAGAGGCUCGGAUCUGCCGUCUUCUGAAGCAUCCAAAUAUAGUGAGGCUGCAUGACAGCAUCUCCGAGGAGGGCCACCACUACCUGAUAUUUGACCUUGUCACAGGUGGGGAGCUGUUCGAGGACAUUGUGGCCAGAGAAUACUACAGUGAAGCAGAUGCCAGUCACUGCAUUCAGCAGAUCCUGGAAGCUGUUCUGCAUUGCCACCAGAUGGGUGUGGUGCACCGGGACCUAAAGCCGGAGAACCUGCUGCUAGCAUCCAAACUGAAGGGAGCUGCAGUCAAGCUGGCAGACUUCGGCCUAGCCAUUGAGGUGGAAGCGGAUCAGCAGGCUUGGUUUGGUUUCGCAGGCACACCAGGGUACCUUUCUCCAGAAGUGCUCCGGAAGGAUCCCUAUGGCAAAGCUGUGGACCUCUGGGCGUGUGGAGUCAUUCUCUAUAUUCUGUUGGUUGGGUAUCCUCCCUUUUGGGAUGAGGAUCAACACCGACUCUACCAGCAGAUCAAAGCCGGGGCCUAUGAUUUCCCUUCACCCGAGUGGGAUACUGUCACUCCUGAAGCAAAAGACCUCAUCAACAAGAUGUUAACGAUCAACCCAUCCAAGCGUAUCACGGCAGCAGAGGCUCUGAAGCAUCCAUGGAUAUCGCACCGCUCCACUGUGGCGUCAUGCAUGCACAGACAAGAGACAGUGGACUGCCUGAAGAAGUUCAAUGCCAGAAGAAAGCUAAAGGGAGCUAUUCUCACUACGAUGCUGGCAACCCGGAACUUCUCUGGAGGGAAAAGUGGAGGCAACAAGAAGAAUGACGGCGUGAAGAAAAGAAAGUCCAGUUCCAGCGUUCAGUUAAUGGAGUCUUCGGAGAGCACUAACACCACUAUUGAAGAUGAAGACACCAAAGUACGAAAACAAGAAAUUAUUAAAGUAACAGAGCAACUGAUUGAAGCAAUAAGCAACGGAGACUUUGAGUCCUACACGAAGAUGUGUGAUCCUGGAAUGACUGCCUUUGAGCCCGAGGCCUUGGGGAACCUGGUGGAAGGACUGGAGUUCCAUCGAUUCUACUUUGAAAACUUGUGGUCCAGGAACAGCAAGCCGGUGCACACCACCAUCCUGAACCCACACAUCCACCUGAUGGGAGACGAGUCGGCCUGCAUCGCCUAUAUCCGCAUCACACAGUACGUCGAUGCAGGUGGCAUCCCACGCACUGCCCAGUCUGAGGAGACCCGCAUCUGGCACCGCCGAGAUGGCAAAUGGCAAAUCGUUCACUUCCACAGAUCUGGAGCACCUUCCGUUCUACCACACUGAAGCGUUUGCCGCUUGGGCCAGGUUUGUCACUUCCUGACUGCGAAGGGAAUACCCACCCCCCUCCUUCACAUAUGGAACUUGGCUGCUGGGUCUACUGCUUGGCUCUUGCUGGAAUUCCUCCUACCCACCUGGCUCCUCACCAAAAACAAACAAAGGAUAACCAGGCCCGAACGAGCUUCGAAUUGACUUCUCUCUCUCUCUCUCUCUCUCUCUCUCUCUCUCUCUCUCUCUCUCCCUCCUCCCACUCACCCCCAUACUGUCACCCUUGGGCGCAGCAAGCUCUGUCAGGGCCUGUGCACAGGUCCCACUGCUUCUGCAUGACACCAUCCGUGGUAAGACAAUUAAAAAUAAGUGGCCAACACACAGAACGUGUCUGAGGCGAAGGCCUCCACCUGCCACUUCUCCAGAACUCACAGAUCCACACGCAUCCUCCCUCACAGAUCAGUGCGUUUCUCAUAGGACGGGAUAGGACUCCUAUUCCACCUCCGUCCUCACCUCUGCCUGGGAGUCUCUGAGGACCAAGGCAAAAGGGUGGAGCGUGAAGGGAGUUUCAAGCUACUUUGGGCUGACCAAGGUCUGGGGCCACCUCCUCUCAGCACCAAUGGAUUUUGCCUUAUUGGUGUCUAGGUACCUAGUCUGAUGCCCUUGACCUUGGUAUGUCCCCCACACCGCUCCCCCUCAGGGCUCCUGCCCUCCCAGUUCUUCUUUGCAGUGACAGCUGAAGGACAUCUGCUUAAAUUCUUUCACUAUCCUACUCACCUGCUACUCUAGGGCGAGUAGGGUUUUAUUGUGACGGGUGAGUAAAAUAUAUCCUUUGUUUCUCUUCCUAGAAACAGCUGGGCCGGCAAUUAGCGUGCAAACUCACUGGACUGGGCAGGGUUGUAUGCAUGGCCCAGUGAAUUCUCAUGCUAAUUUUGACCAUGCUGGUCAAAUGUGAACAUUUUCCUUUCUUUCUCCCUUCUCCCUUUGGAGCGGGGCUUAGAGAUGCUGGGAAAAGAGAGUGAGAGAUUAAGAAAACAAUUUCAAGUUGAGAGAUCAGCUGUCUGUGCAGAGGGCCGUGAUAGUGAUAGCCAUGGUUAUGGGUUAGGUGUGGUAGCUGGCUCUUCUUCCGCAAGCAUUAUUCAUCUAUUUCUGACUCAGUGAUAGGAACUGUUUCACCAUCAUCCAACACAUUGCAGGUGGUCUUCUUUACCCCCAGCCAACUUAAGAGACCAGCUCCAAAUAUCUAGUGUUGAAUCUACCCCUUUGCCCCCCAUAUUCCUCUUUCAAUCUGCCCUCCAAGACUCAAUUUUCUCUUCAUUUUUAAAGGCCACCCAAAACCAGGAACCAAAACCCUUCCCCAUUAAUCAGCUUCAGGAAAUUCACAGUAUUGACAAAACUGGUGCUUAAGGAAAUAGAGCCGGCUGUUCAUUUGAGAGAGAAAAAUAAACCGACCACAUGACACCUUCCAGCAAAGAUAGCGAAUGUAAACUUUAGUAAUAAAACUUUGAGGAAUCCGAUUAUGCUUCUAAGAAACAAACAAGACUUUAGCUAUCUCUUCUACUUUGAACGCAUGCCUUUUUAUAGGAAAAAGAAACCUACUGUGUAUUUCGUAAAUUGAUUUCGAGUAUUUGCUGGAACUUUAUGUAAUAACUAGAAAUAUUGAACGUUUGGGGGGGUGGGAAUUUUGGGGGAGUUGCUGGAUUUUGGGAGGUUGUUUUUGUUUUGUUUACAUGUGGGAGUGGCUUGGCAACAAAGCGAUGGUCUUAAUGAAGGUGGUCCCAAGAGGGCAGGGUGGGGAAAGUUCCAUUGCUGGUUUUCUUGUGAACCACGUUGAGCCCCUUAAGACGCAUGGGACUCGUGGUAACGUGGUCGUUUCUAUUGGCAAUGGAAAUGUUUGAAUGUCAGAGGUGCCCAUUUGAAUGGAGACAACUGGACAGUGAGGCAUUCCUGGGCUGAAGUUGCAGGUUCCGCAAGGAGAGUGAUCAUCUGCAAGGGACAUCUGAGGCAACUGGCAGGAAUACAGCAGGCAUGGGUCAUUUCUGAGCCUGUGCAUUUUCUUGAACGAUAAACAACCAUCCAGUCGUUCUUCCGGCGCCACCGUUCUGUCAGUCUCAUGACAUCGGGAGGGACUGGAAAGACGUCUGUUUUUGGCAGAGGUAGGAGAGGCGUGAUCUGGUUAUUUUUUGGUAAUCUUUCCAUUUCCUGUUCUCUUUUUUUCCAACUGCAACUUCUUUACUCUUUGAUGUUAAGUUACUGCAGUGCACUUGCGCUGCCCGGGGACUUUCUAACUGCACUUUCUUCAUUUGCAUGACGUUUAACUUUAUAGACGGUGCGUGUAUUUAGAAACAAACAAACAAAGAUGCUUGUUUUGGACAAAAAAACCCAGUGUAUUCUCAAUGUAAAUUCUGAAUGGUGUAUUUUGCCUUUUCUGUGCUUUCCAGUGCUUAGCUCACCAUCAAAGCAGGACAACCGCCUGCUGAAACACAGCCAUGUUUGCAAAGUGCGAAAAUAUUUUCUCGUUGGACGUGAGGGGAAGAAAUCCAAGCAGCCAGGGCAUUUGACAAGCGUCAGGAGGCAUGUUCUGUGAGAUUCCACUGACCCCAUCAUGAGCUCAUUGUGUGGAAUGGGCACUGAAUGUGCCUUUUUAGGGACAUAUCAGCCAGAUUCUUUGCUGGUAGAAAUCAGUGUCGGUCCAUGAAACUCAAUGGACCUAUGCUGAUUUACAAGGGAGCAACACUGACUCACACCGGCAGAGACUCUGGCCCAGAAUCUUCUCUUAAACAGGCACUCUCAUGCUGGGGAGAGGAUCAUUCUUUUAGGGUUGCUUUAUCACAGCGUUUUUUUCUUCCUGUGUUUGCUUAGUGCCAAAGCUAUUUGUGUCUAAAUGAGGGCGUUGGCUCCUUCACAGCUUACUAUGCUCCUCUAGAACCUACCAUGAAGCCAACUCGGAUGAGGUGUCUCAUCCACCUAUUAAUCACCAUGCCAUCUGGGCAUUGGCUGUAUUUUGGAUGUUGUGAACAUUCCCAGGGCGCUGGCCGGAUCGUGAUUUAAUUGCAGGAUCAGCCAUUAAGGCUGCAGCUGUGCUAUCAAGUUCCAGCAUGGUAAUCGGCCCCCGGUGUAACUCCACCAGUGGAGGCUGUAGUUUGAGUCCAGCCUGCACAUAUAGCUUCUACCUUUGUGACUGAUGGUGGAGCUGCACCCGUGGUGAGUUCUGACCGUAAAGAGCAGCUGGACUGGACAGACGGGAGGAGGUAGGGUGACCAGACCUCCUGAUAUUAGGGGCUUUGUCUUAUAUACGCAACUGUACCCAUCCCCUCUCCCCUAAAAAGUGUCCUGAUUUUUCCCCCUUGCUCUCUGGUCCCCCUAGGGGGAGAGGGUGCUGGAGGCCGGGCUUAGAACACAAAUACCUCUGAGACCAUGGAGAGGCGCUCAGAAGAACGUUGACCUUUGUGCAGAAGUGUUCUCCUUUCACGAUAUGAGAGCCUCCUUUGAAGGGACGAAGCUGAUUGGAUGCCAUGGUAACACUCACCUCUGCUGCUAGGGCUGAACAGCCACACCCACCUAGACUCCACCCAUUUCUGCACCCAGUUUGGCUUUGCUUCCAGCAUGGUUAUAGCCUGACUUCUUAGAAGUGAGUGGUCCCUCUUCGGACUGUUUCCCCAUGGAUUUCUUUCUCAGGGGAAGGCUCAUCCUCUAUCAUGGGCUGGAUGGAAGUCAUACCACACCCACAAGACUUUAUUAAUAAUAAUAAUGAGCCACCUGAGCAUUUCCAAGUGAAGCAGGUUCCUUGCAGAGGCUGGGACUUUGGCUCUUUUUCGUCUUCCAGGAAAGAAGAAUCCUGACAAGGAAGAGGCGCUCCAGCCGUUCACAUCCUGCCCACCCCGUCUGCUUUUAGCACCCGCACUUUAGGGCUCUGCUACCACAAACGGAUUGUUGUGCCCUGGUCUCCAUCCCCAGCUUGGCCCUGGACACCUAGCACACGUGUCUGCGCAGGUCUUUGAGUAAACAUUGACACGGUACUAAGCUGCAGCCUUCCUUUUGCAGCCGUAUCAAAAUUCCUUUAUCCCUGGUCAGCUCCUGGAUUCCAUGGUCUUCCCUAAACUCUCCAAUUCCUCCGAGACAAAGCACCCUCUGUCACAGCAGACUGGCUCUUCUUUGGCUUCCAGAACAAAGGGCACUGUCUCUCCCCCAGUAGCCCAGUCCUUGAGGCCAAGCCACACUCAGUCACCCUCCUACUUCCCCAUCUGUCACAGGAGACCACAAGCAACAGCUGCGGUGAGAGCAUUUGCUGCUGUGGUUUCUGCUUUGUAGGCUGGAGGUGGUGGUGGCGGCAAUUCCCUUCUGACCCUCGGAAAGCUGCCAGCCUGUCUGCAGCAGCAUCUCUCAUGUCCUCGCUGUUGCAUCAAUCCUCAGCCUGGAAAGAGACAGGCGACUUUAGCCCCUUCCCACCCUCAUUGCCACCCGUCUAUGGAUAGCUCUGCUCUGAAGGGUGGAAAACACCCGAUCCCCUGCGACCUGUCCUACAGGCGGUAACACUACAGCAUCCCAUCAAUUUCAGUCACAAGUGCAAUGCAGUGAUGGUAUCACGGCACAGUCCAGCGUAAACCUGCCUGUCCAUAAGCCGCACUAAUGGUAUCAGGCCUUCUGAUGUCUUUGGAGCAGCUUAGGUUUGUAGCUUUCUAUGUCACUGAAAGAAAAUGGCCUGUAUUAAACCCCUGUGCAUCUCGUGCCUCGAGUAUAAAGGCUUUGUGGUCUAUGGAGACCUACAUGGUUAAAAAGUCGCCUCCCUGGUAAUUUACCCUGUAGGUUAUUGUGAGGACAUUUCAGGCUCUCUUUUCUACAGCAGAAGACAAUCACGCUGCCCAGUAUGAUGAGCAAGGAACCAGACCUUGACUCCAAACCCACCAUGACCAUCACCUAGUGUAGCAUCACUAGGGAACUGGACAGGUCAGCAAGCAGGCAUAGGCUAGCGGCCCAUCCUCGAGUUUCCAGGAUGGCUCUGCAGUGGCUCUGUGGCAGUCCAGCUGAUGCAAAUCCUCAUUGAUCAGGUGUUGAAGACAAAGGUAACGCUAUAUCUAAUGUUUGCAGUGGGGCACCAUGACCACAGUGUCUGUGGAGGAUGUUGACAUUGUAUCUUUAAGACAGUCCUGAUGUAGUCCUGUGCCCCAGGAGUAGCUUUCCCCUGAGGACAGCAAAGAUGCAGAAGACCAUGCAGUUCGCUCCCACGGACACCCCAGGAAUAUGAUUAACCCUCGUUUCUAGCCCAGAGAAACACAUCUGUUGGUGUUUAUGGCCAUGUUGGGGGCAUAUUCCCUUGGGCAUGCUCAGCUGGGUUUUCAGGAAGUUCUUUGGAGGUAUAUGCCUACAUUCCAGGAGCUUUGGAUCCACCCUCAGAUUGCCUGGCUGGGGAUCAGGGGAAAGAGAUUUUCCAGGAUCCUCAGAAGGUAAACACUCUUGGUGUGAACCCCAAUUAACCCUUCACAGACACAACAGCCGUGGUGAAGUGCAAAGAAUAAGUGGUCACAUCUUUACACACUGUUUAUAAAGGGUUAACAAAUGACCACGGCCAGCAUAAGCAUCACAGACGCGAGCAAUAGAUGCCAUAGAAGGUUGUAGGCACUUCCUCAGAAGAGGUUAUUGAUGCUUUAAAGCUACCGCUUGGAUUCUACAAUUGAUGAACCAUGUAUUAAAACAUCUUCUAACACUUUAUAGUCUAUCGAUACAGGGAACCUUAAUAUAAAGUGUAACAAAAACACCUUCCUUGCCGUGGAUGGAGCCUGGAAUGAAGGACCUGCUGUCUGUCCCCGCUCCCAUUCAGUGCCAUCGGGGACCCGGGUGGUCACAGACCUUCCCCGUAGACCCACCUGGCUCCCCUCCCUCGGCUGAGCUGCCUUCCUUCUCCUCAGUUCUCGCACGGCUGUGAACCAUCCACCCUUUUUGUAACCGUGACACCAGUGAGGGAGGGCGGGGGUUCCGGGGAAGCGGGGUGUUGUUUAUUGACUUGUUUCUUUUGGAUUGUUGUUACUUUUUUCUAACUGUUGCACAAUUUUAGGGCUUUUGUAACAUUUUUGGAACAAGCAGGGAAAAUGUUAACAGUGGUUUAAAAACUAUAAUGAG